CGACUGCCUCGAAAUGAUAUCAACUUGCAAGAAGCAGGUUUCGAUCUAAGCGAGCUCACCACACCACAAUGAGAAGUCGUUCAUACCAUGCCUGCCCAUACUUUAAAUGUCCAGCAGACCCCUGACACGCCUGGGGUCUACUGUACUACUUCGCGUCCUGUUGCUUGACUGUCGCUUCAUCCUCCAUAUCUGACUCCACAUCAUGAAAAGUGCACUCGCGCAGGGAGAGAAAGGAUACGACCAUGAUAACCUGCGGCAUGUGGUGAUCACAGCCAGUUGUUUCGCGCUGGUAAUCUCAACUCUGGCUGUGGCUUUGCGUCUGUGGUGUCGGCGUAUCACUCGCACCAAGGUCUUCUUGGAUGACUACCUCAUGAUUGUUGCCUUGGUCUUCGAAUAUGGUAUUACGGUCGCAGGGGUCGUUCUUCUGUACAACGGUUUGGGAACCCACAUCAUCUACGUAUCUCCCGAGCAGCUUGUGGUCUACAUGAAGACCUUAUCGACCGGCACAUUCCUGUACACCUUGUGCAUCACCUUCGUGAAACUCUCCAUCCUCGCGCUCUACAAACGAAUCUUCUCCAUUCGUCCGAUGAUGCAGGCGUCGAAUGUGGUUGCAUGCAUCGUGAUUCUCUGGUGUUUUGGGGUUUGCCUCAUUGGAGCAGUGACCUGCAUGCCUUUCAAGAAGCUGUGGGAGCCCAAUCUCCCGGGAGGCUGCAUCAACUUGGCCCAAUUCUACUACGGUCUUCAGAUCCCCAACAUCCUAACUGACGCAAUCAUUCUCGUGUUGCCGAUGAAAGCCGUCUGGAAUCUACAAGUCCCUCGAUCACAGAAAGUCAUGCUGUCGGGCAUUUUCCUGAUUGGUACCACAACCCUUGCCUUCGACAUCGUGCGGCUCGUCGUGAUGAUCCAACUUUCGGAAGCAGGAGGCGAUAUCACCUAUGACCAAGUCACUGCAAGUGUCUGGACGUGUAUCGAGCCCAUGAUGGGGAUCACCGCCGCCUGCCUCUCCAACAUGCGGCCCCUCUUCACCAUGCUGCCUCGCCCCGAGUGGAGCAAGAAUCUGUCCUGGCGCAAGAAUGCCUUCUCCUUGCCCUCCUCUGACCGGUCAAAGACGAAGAGUAUGGAGCAAAAGCCGAACAUCCACUCCACCACGGUGAUCCGCAUCGACAGCUCCCGCUUGACCAACUCGAGCACUGCCAGCGAACGGGAGGAGGUUUGAUGUUGCCCGGUUUUCAGCCAUGAAGUGUCAUGGUAAUCUUUGUUGCACAUCGAGAUAACUCUUCUAAGCACGUCUCAUAUUCUCUUGGACAGUUUCGUAGCUAAUUUCGGGGACAAAUCAUAAUUUUCCUAAUUAG